GGAUGUGUAGGACCCCUAAAUAUUCUAUCGUCGAAAAAUUUGAAAAUGCAGAACAUUUAUUUCACACUGUUUUAUGUAAAGCUGAAAUCAGCCGAAGAUAUUUUUCAAAAUAAUCUUUCUGCAGAAGAAAAAGAGGAAGCCAUUAAUUUGUUAGUAUCUUUCCAAACAAGAUGUCUACAAUCUGUUAGCACUUCCUUUAAUACAACAGAAGUGCCAUCUACCCAGUCAUGCCAGUUAUUUCCUUCAGUUGAUGCAAAAAGCACUUUGGAUCGGAUAUCUACCAUUUAUAGGGCCAUUCAAGAGGACAUAACCCAUGAAGCCUCUUUAGUCAGUGAGGAAAUGUGUAAAUUCGAUAGAAGUGGUAUGAAUAGUCCAUCUACUAAUAGGUUUGUUGCAGAGGCAAUUAAUAUGAAAACCUGCAAUAAAAUCAUAGAUCAGGCUGUACAAGACUCAACAGAAGAUAUUACUGCCAAGCCAAUAACUACAGACAGUUAUAAUACAAGUAUAAAGAGACAUGGCAGUGAUGUUAGUAAUGUUGUUGUUCUUGAGGAACCUUAUUUUGACCAUUCUGAGGUCUAUGAUAUACAUGAUAUAGGUGAAGAUAUUAUUGCUGAGGAAAUGACCCAGACACCAUCGAAAACAUGGCCAGAAAGACCGUCUGCUUUACAGGAGGAAAUGAUCAUUGAUGUUUUUCCAAGUUUGUCUAAUAACUAUGAGAAAGGUAAAUGUGGUUCAUCAAAUGGAAAAAAAAAGUUGUUGAAAAAGUUCAAGAUUAAAAGUGACAAAACUGUGGCAUAUAAUUUCAAAUGCAGUGAAUGUGACAUUGGAUUUUAUUUUGGAAGUCAUUAUGACAAACACAUGGAAACACAUGAGAAUUGGCCAUGGGAUUGUGCUAUCUGUGAUAGAAAAUGUCAGUCAUUUAUAGAGCUUUCUGAUCACUACCAAAUAGUACACAGUAUGAACGUUUCCAUAGACAAUGCUGUCAAAAGAAAAUACACAUGUAACAAGUGUGAUAAAUCCUUUGACAAACCCAGUAGUUUGUUUACACAUCAGAAAAGGGAAGGACCUAUUAAGUGUGAACCAUGUCAACGUGUUUUCAAAACAAGAAAUAGAUUAUUGAUGCAUGAACAAUCUUACUCCCAUUGCAAGAAAAGUGGACAGAAAUUUACUUUGGAAAGAAAUUUCUUGUGUACUGAAUGCGGAAAAUCAUUUUACAAAUGGAAAUAUUUAAAGAUACAUAUGAUAUGUCACAACACGGAAAAGCUUUAUACCUGUAAACACUGUAGUUAUAAGAGCCCACAUUCUGGAGCAGUCAAGUCUCAUAUGAAAAGACACUUUGAAUCAGAAAGAACACAUUUGUGUGAAUUAUGUGGUGCAUGUUUUCAUGCAAAUAACAAUCUUCAAAUACACAUGACAUUUAAGCAUAAUGACGUAAGAAAUUUUAGCUGCAGUUCAUGUUCAUCAAAAUUCAAGUCACGACAGGAACAGAUCCGUCACACCAAACGUCAUCAUUCAGAGAACAAAAUCGAAAAAUGUUUUUGUGGGAAAGAGUACAGACACAGGGCAAGUCUACGUAAGCACAUGAAAUCUGUUCAUGGGAGUGAUGGAAACUUACCACCAAUUAUGAGAGUUAAGACACUAGACCAACCUUCCAAGUCAAUAUAUAAAGAGGACCCAUCAAAGCCAAAGCCAGCAAAGGAAAAGAAAAAGAAAAACCCUAAACCCCUGUCUGGCUUUAGAAAAUUUAUUAUGGUGACAUCUCGUGGUAAAGGAGCCAUGAAGUCAAAACUAAAAACUGUCAUAUCUACUUCCAAAAGAUUGAACGAGGAGUCAACAAAUAUACUGGUAAAUAGUAAGAAUAUUGCUGAAGACAAAGUAACAUCCUUACUUUCUGAGAAAGAUGAUCAAGAUAUUAACAAAAUUACCAAGGAAAAAUAUAAAGAGAUACUUCACAAGAAAAAUGGUCAAAAGAAAAACAUGAAGAUAAAUCAAGCCUCAAGUACUGUUACUGAUUGUCAAUCUAAACUUAUGGAAAGUAGUCAAAUUCCGUCAGAACAAGACAAUCAUUAUAGUUCAGAAGAGAAUCAGAUUAUUGAGAAACCUACAGUAGUCAAUCAAACACUGGUUGAGCAGAAGGGAAAGAGUUACAUACAGACUGAGCACAGUUACUGCGUCGAGAAACAACCAGUUUUUGAUCAGCUUAAUGGGAAAUCUCAGCAGACCAGUUAUGUUAAUUCACAACAGACCUUUUAUAUUAACACACAACAGAACAAUUAUAUCAAUUCACAACAGACUGCCAAUUAUAUAAACUUGCAACAGAACAGUUAUGUUAAUUUACAACCAACUGGUUAUAUUCAUUCACAACCACUGUUUAUUCCAUUGUUUAACAUUUAUGGCUAUGGAUCAGUAGGCCCUCUUGCCCUUAAUCAAGGGGUCAUUUUACCACAAUAAAUGGAUGGACUAAAUUUUUUAUGGACAAGUCUCAAAGUCCUUAAAAAAGAAAAAUAAUUUGUAAUCUGGACUUUUGGUAAUAUUGGAUAGGAUUAUUUGAUUCAUUCAAAAAAUAUUUAUGAUGAUAUGAUUAUCUACAAGUUCCCUGUAACGGUAAUCAUCAAAUUAUCUGUGCUCCUAACAGGUAUUAAUGUUAUAAUUAUACAUAGGUCAGGACCAAUCUUCCUGAAAAAGAUAUAGAUGUAUCAAUUGUCAGAUUUUUAAAAUGUUU